GGGGAGGAGGCCGGGUGUUUCCUGGAGCAUUCCCGACCCGCCUCGGUGACUCAUUCGGCCGGGAGACUCCCAGGGCCCGCCCGGGACCCCAGAGCCGCCGCCGCGGACCAAGGGCAGGAUGGCAGCCCAGGUGACGCUGGAGGAUGCGCUGUCCAACGUGGACCUGUUGGAAGAGCUGCCUCUGCCCGACCAGCAGCCCUGCAUCGAGCCCCCGCCAUCCUCACUGCUCUACCAGCCAAAUUUCAACACUAAUUUUGAAGACAGAAAUGCAUUUGUCACUGGCAUUGCAAGAUACAUUGAACAAGCGACCGUCCAUUCUAGCAUGAACGAGAUGCUGGAGGAAGGCCAAGAGUACGCCGUCAUGCUGUACACCUGGAGGAGCUGCUCUCGGGCCAUCCCGCAGGUGAAAUGUAACGAACAGCCUAACAGAGUGGAAAUUUAUGAGAAAACCGUGGAGGUCCUUGAGCCUGAGGUCACAAAACUGAUGAAUUUUAUGUACUUCCAGAGAAACGCCAUCGAGCGUUUUUGUGGGGAGGUGAGGCGCCUGUGUCACGCGGAGAGAAGGAAGGACUUCGUGUCUGAAGCCUAUCUGAUCACCCUGGGCAAGUUCAUCAACAUGUUUGCCGUGCUGGACGAGCUGAAGAACAUGAAGUGCAGCGUGAAGAAUGACCACUCAGCCUACAAGAGGGCUGCUCAGUUUUUACGUAAAAUGGCAGAUCCACAGUCCAUCCAGGAAUCACAGAAUCUGUCCAUGUUCCUGGCCAACCACAACAAGAUCACACAAUCUCUGCAGCAGCAGCUCGAAGUGAUUUCUGGCUAUGAAGAGCUCUUAGCAGACAUUGUGAAUCUGUGUGUGGACUGCUAUGAGAACAGGAUGUACUUGACGCCCAGUGAGAAACACAUGCUUCUCAAAGUCAUGGGGUUUGGUCUGUACCUGAUGGAUGGGAGUGUCAGCAACAUUUAUAAACUAGAUGCCAAGAAAAGAAUAAACUUAUCCAAAAUCGACAAGUACUUCAAGCAGCUCCAGGUGGUUCCGCUGUUCGGGGACAUGCAAAUAGAACUGGCAAGAUAUAUCAAGACCAGCGCCCACUAUGAGGAAAAUAAAUCUCGAUGGACGUGCACGUCCUCCAGCAGCAGCCCACAGUACAACAUCUGCGAGCAGAUGGUACAGAUCCGGGAGGACCACAUGCGCUUCAUCUCGGAGCUGGCGCGCUAUAGCAACAGCGAGGUGGUCACAGGCUCAGGCCGCCAGGAGGCUCAGAAGACGGAUGCUGAGUACCGGAAGCUCUUCGACCUGGCGCUGCAGGGCUUGCAGCUGCUGUCCCAGUGGAGUGCUCAUGUGAUGGAAGUGUAUUCGUGGAAACUUGUGCACCCAACGGACAAGUACUCCAACAAGGACUGCCCUGACAACGCCGAGGAGUAUGAACGUGCCACCCGCUACAACUACACCAGCGAGGAGAAGUUCGCCCUGGUGGAGGUGAUCGCCAUGAUCAAAGGCUUGCAGGUGCUGAUGGGCAGGAUGGAGAGCGUGUUCAACCAUGCCAUCCGCCACACUGUCUACGCCGCGCUGCAGGACUUCUCCCAGGUCACCCUCAGGGAGCCGCUCAGGCAGGCCAUCAAGAAGAAGAAAAACGUCAUCCAGAGUGUCCUGCAGGCCAUCAGGAAGACCGUGUGUGACUGGGAGACAGGGCACGAGCCCUUCAACGACCCGGCCCUGCGGGGCGAGAAGGACCCCAAGAGCGGCUUUGACAUUAAAGUGCCACGGCGCGCCGUGGGACCCUCUAGCACCCAGCUCUACCUGGUGCGCACCAUGGCGGAGUCCUUGAGCUCUGCUGAGCUGCUCAGGCAGCUCAAGUCUGUGGGCACGGAAAGGCUCUUGCAUGUGGUUAACGCGUUUCUGAGGCAGUCCUACACCUAUCCGCCUCUAUUAACCUUUGGUGGUAAGACAUUGUUUGUUUUUCUUGUUGGUAUUUACGGCCCGAGGCGAAGGGUUCUGCUCCAAGUUCUUUGUCCCAAGCAGCAGCGACUUGGCCUCGUGGAUGGGCGCCGCCCCUGCGAGCCGGCACGGUGUCCACGGGGCAGUCCCCCUCGUGGUUUAUCUGCGUUUGUCGUAACUAAUGUGCCAUGUAUAUUUUCUCCCCCACAAAUGUUUCCUUGGAUAAUGCAGCUUUACAUGGUGAGAACCAUGCUAGAGUCCCUCAUUGCAGACAAAAGUGGUUCCAAGAAAACCUUGAGAAGUAGCCUCGAGGGGCCCACCAUAUUGGACAUAGAAAAAUUUCAUCGCGAGUCAUUCUUCUACACCCACUUGAUAAAUUUCAGUGAGACGCUCCAGCAGUGCUGUGACCUUUCGCAGUUGUGGUUCCGAGAGUUCUUCCUGGAGCUGACCAUGGGCAGGAGGAUCCAGUUCCCCAUCGAGAUGUCCAUGCCCUGGAUCCUGACAGACCACAUCCUGGAGACCAAGGAAGCGUCGAUGAUGGAGUACGUUCUCUACUCGCUGGACCUGUACAACGAUAGCGCCCACUAUGCCCUCACCAGGUUCAACAAGCAGUUUCUCUAUGACGAAAUCGAGGCAGAGGUGAAUCUCUGCUUUGACCAAUUUGUUUAUAAGCUGGCUGACCAGAUAUUUGCAUAUUAUAAGGUUAUGGCAGGAAGUUUGCUUCUUGACAAACGGUUACGAUCAGAAUGCAAGAAUCAGGGCGCAACAAUCCAUCUCCCGCCAUCUAAUCGCUAUGAGACGCUGCUCAAGCAGAGGCACGUGCAGCUCCUGGGCAGGUCCAUAGACCUCAAUCGUCUGAUUACCCAGCGCGUCUCCACCGCCAUGUACAAAUCCCUGGAACUGGCAAUUGGGCGAUUUGAGAGUGAAGACCUGACAUCGAUAGUUGAGCUGGAUGGCCUCUUGGAAAUCAACCGCAUGACCCACAGGCUGCUGAGCAGGUACCUGACUCUGGACAGCUUUGACGCCAUGUUCCGGGAGGCCAACCACAAUGUGUCAGCGCCCUACGGGAGAAUCACCCUCCACGUCUUCUGGGAGCUCAACUACGACUUCCUGCCCAACUACUGCUACAAUGGCUCUACCAACCGAUUUGUUCGGACAGUAUUACCAUUUUCUCAAGAAUUUCAAAGAGAUAAACAGCCAAAUGCACAACCCCAGUAUCUGCAUGGAUCAAAGGCUUUGAACCUGGCCUACUCAAGCAUCUACGGCAGCUACCGGAACUUUGUGGGGCCUCCACACUUCCAGGUCAUCUGCCGGCUGCUCGGCUACCAGGGCAUCGCAGUGGUCAUGGAAGAGCUGCUGAAGGUGGUCAAGAGCCUGCUGCAAGGCACAAUUCUACAGUACGUGAAGACGCUGAUGGAGGUGAUGCCCAAGGUCUGCCGGCUGCCGCGGCACGAGUACGGCUCCCCUGGCAUCCUGGAGUUCUUCCACCACCAGUUAAAGGACAUUGUUGAGUAUGCAGAGCUGAAGACGGUGUGCUUCCAGAACCUACGGGAGGUAGGCAACGCCAUCCUCUUCUGCCUGCUCAUAGAGCAGAGCCUGUCUUUAGAAGAAGUAUGUGACCUCCUGCACGCAGCCCCUUUCCAGAACAUCUUACCAAGAGUCCACGUGAAAGAGGGAGAGAGACUUGAUGCCAAAAUGAAAAGACUAGAAUCAAAGUACGCCCCACUGCAUCUUGUCCCUCUAAUCGAAAGACUGGGAACCCCUCAGCAAAUUGCAAUAGCAAGAGAGGGGGACUUGCUGACGAAGGAGCGCCUCUGCUGUGGCCUGUCUAUGUUUGAAGUCAUCCUGACUCGGAUCCGGACCUUUCUGGACGACCCCAUCUGGCGUGGGCCCCUGCCCAGCAAUGGGGUCAUGCACGUGGAUGACUGUGUCGAGUUUCACAGACUGUGGAGCGCCAUGCAGUUUGUCUACUGCAUUCCUGUGGGAACACACGAGUUUACAGUCGAGCAGUGUUUUGGCGACGGGCUCCACUGGGCUGGCUGUAUGAUCAUUGUGCUUCUUGGGCAGCAGCGGCGCUUUGCUGUACUGGAUUUUUGCUACCAUCUACUCAAAGUCCAAAAACAUGAUGGCAAGGAUGAAAUUAUCAAAAACGUGCCUUUGAAGAAGAUGGUGGAGAGAAUUCGCAAGUUCCAGAUUCUAAAUGAUGAGAUUAUCACUAUCUUGGACAAGUACUUGAAGUCGGGCGAUGGAGAGAGCACGCCUGUGGAACACGUUCGCUGCUUUCAGCCACCUAUCCACCAGUCUCUGGCCAGCAGCUGAGGGCAUGUGUAUCACCUGUUUUUGAAGAGUCCCAGUACUGACUGCAUUUAAGAACUAUAAGGGCAUGUUUUUCUUUCCAUAAGCUAGUUAGAUUUUUAGGAACUAUUUUUCAGUAUCUCUGUGCCUGUUAAAGGGGGUGUUUUCAAUCUAAAAGCUUAAUUUUAUAAAGUUGACUUAUUUUUCUACACUAAAAUUGUAUAUACUUUUGGUAAUUGGAAAGUCGGAGGAUUUGGCUGCUGAGGGUUGCCAUCACGUCCUUACAAAAUUAUUUUCCAUUUUUCUAUGGAAUGUUCCAGCAGCUAGCUAUGUUAUGAAGUGCUGCUGAGUUCAUCCAUUUAUCCUUUAACAAAGGAUCCGUAACAUUUAGGGAAAGACUUGUGAACUUAAGCAAGACCCUUAAUUACCAGCUAAUUGUGAUAAAACCCAUUACCAAUUAGAAUUAAUGAUUAUUUAGCUUUUGUUUAGGGAUUUUUCCAGUUUUUUUAUGAAAACCUUUUCUAAGUCAUUUGUUUCUUUCCCCUUUUUGUGUCAGUGUUUCAGAAAAUAGUGAACUUGAUUUCUCUGCUUCUGCUAAAUCCAGUUGUGACAAAAUCUAAUUUGUGAGGUAUGAUUUAAAGGUUACAGAAAUAAAACUAAUGAAACCUGU